AUGGAAGCAGAAAACCAAACAGGCGUCUCAGAUUUCCUCCUCCUGGGACUCUCGGAUGACCCAGAACUGCAGCCCAUCCUCUUCGGGCUGUUCCUGUCUGUGUACCUGGUCACGGUGCUUGGGAACCUGCUCAUCAUCCUGGCCGUCACCUCUGACGCCCACCUGCACACGCCCAUGUACUUCUUCCUCUCCAACCUGUCUUUCAUUGACAUCUGUUUCAGCAGUACCACUGUCCCUAAGAUGCUGGUGAACAUUCGGAGACAGAGCAAAUCCAUCAGUUACACCGGCUGCCUCAGCCAGGUCUGCUUUGUCCUGGCUUUCGCGGGAUUGGAGAACUUUCUCCUUGCAGCAAUGGCCUAUGACCGCUAUGUCGCCAUCUGCCAUCCACUGAGGUACACGCACAUCAUGAAUCCCCGGCUGUGUGGGUUGUUGGUGUUAAGCUCUCUGAUCAUCAGCGUUGGAGACGCCCUCCUCCACAGCCUGAUGGUCUUGCAGCUGUCCUUCUGCACAGACCUGGAGAUCUCCCACUUCUUCUGUGAACUUGCGCAAGUCCUCAAGCUCGCCUGCUCUGAUACCUUCAUCAACAACAUCCUGGUGUAUGCGGUGACUAGCGUAUUGGGUGGCGUUCCUCUCCUCGGCAUUAUUUUCUCUUAUGCUCAAAUUGUCUCCUCCAUCCUGAGGAUGCCAUCCCCUGGGGGGAAGUAUAAAGCCUUCUCAACCUGUGGAUCCCACCUCUCGGUUGUUUUAUUGUUCUAUGGGACCGCUUUUGGGGUGUACAUUAGUUCUGUAGUUACUGAUGCUUCCACCAAGACUGCAGCAGCCUCCGUGAUGUACACGGUGGUCCCUCCAAUGAUGAACCCCUUUAUCUACAGCCUGAGGAACAGGGACAUGAAGGGCGCCCUGAGGAAACUCAUCGGAAGAACAUCUUUUUGGUGA